CGCGGCCACCGCUCCCAGCAGCAGCUGGGCGAUACCAAGUAUGAGGAAAGCAGGGGAGUCCCUGCGCACGGGACGUCCGCUCCGCACUGUGUCAGCGCGCCCCGCCCGGCGGGCACCCCUUCUGCGCCUUCGCCGUGAGGUCUCACCUGCGGCGCCGAGCCUUUGAGUGGAAGGCGGGAAAUGGCGGAGUUCUCGGGGCGCGGCGCGGGGAAGCCCUUCAUGUCGGGGCCCAGCACCCCUGGCAGCUCCAGGGCCAGGGGAAGAAGAGUACCAGGUGGGAGGAUGGUGGAGUCCCGCUACCUACAGUAUGAGAAGAAGGCAGCCAAGAAGACCCCAGCUGCAGACACCACUGCCAGAGGCGGUGGGAAGGUGACAGAUGGUGUGAGGAGAGCUGGCCAGCCACCUAGGCCCGCAGGAGACUGCAGUGGUGUGGACAAGGGUGACCUGCAAUCCACCCUGCUGGAGGGUCAUGGCACAGCACCGCCUGACCUGGACCUCUCGGCCAUCAAUGACAGGAGCAUGGUCAGGAAAACACCACAGCUGGAAAAGAUGCUGUCAAGGAAACCCAAGGCGACCUCCUUCAUGGCCCCGCAGAGAAAGGGCCUGGAUCUGCCGGAGGUGAUGGAGAUGGUGGAGUCCCAGACGUUACUGUUGACCCUGCUAACAUUGAAGAUGGAGAAUGGGCUGGCAGGGCUGGAGGAGAAGGCAGAGCACAGUCUCCUGGCUAUGGGCCAGGAGCGUGCCCGGCUGCAGCAGCAGUGCCACAAGCUACAGCGUGAGCUGCUGCUCCAGCAGAGGCGCCAGGCACUGGCAGGCACAUUGGAUGCCCAGGUGGAGGUGCUGCAGCCCCUCGAGGCAGUGGCCGGUUGCUUCCAGGAGCACUACAGGACGCUGGCCAUGGCCCUGGACACCACACGGCAUGAGCUGCCCGUGAGAGCCAUCCACCUGGAGGGUGACGGCCAGCAGCUCCUCGGUAGCCUGCAGGCCGAGCUGGCCACCACCCGCCGCCUGCUGGCCGACCUAGGCAUUGGCACUGAGGAGCACAGGCAGACACUGGUGCUGCUGGCAGAGCUCAGGGACAUGACCAAGCAGAAGGACCUCGAACUCCAGAGGAGCCUUGCGCAGGUGAUGGAGCUGGCGGCCCAGGCCAGCAAGGAGGCAGCACUGGCCAACCAGGAGGCCUGGGAGGACAUGCAGGGUGCUGAAGCUGCCCGCCGCUGGUAUUUCACCCCGCCAGAAGCACGUCGGAGCCCCCCAGGGCCAGCUGAGGACAGAGUCCUUGGAUGCCACCCGCCCACUCACGACAUGGAGCUCCUCACUGCUUAGCAUGGCCCUCGGUGUCUCAUGCUUAAAAGGAACUUGUGUGACCCCAAGGGAUGGCAGGAAGGGGUGUGGCUGUGGGUGACGAGCCAGUCUGGGAAAGCCAAUGUCCCCCCUAGUCCCAGGGCCAGCCCACCACACCCUUGCACUCUGCCUUGCUCCCCAAGUCAUCCAGGCCCACCCCAGGUGACUUCACUCCUGGACACCCACAGUUCUCGCUGGCCAGUUGGAUCCCUUAGCCUUCGUGCCCUGGCAGCCCCCCAGGCCUAUUGCAGGAGGAAACCUGUGCGGCUCAGAAAGAAAGUUUCUCCUGCCCCCACCUACGGGACACAGAGAGCCUUGAGCCCAGCAUGCUGCUGGCUUCCUGUUGCUCCUGAUUGAUGGCCAGGGCCUGUACCAAUGCAGCAAGCCAGGGACAGCACACUCUUGGCUGAUGUUUUCUGAGACCAUCUCACUGUGGUCAUACCGCAGGCUGGCGUGGAACUGGAUCUUCCCACAUCAGCCUCCCAAGGCUUGAGGUACAUACACCACACCCAGUGAGAGCAGCCGGCCCAGCUAAGUUGCUAGGUUGUCCAGGCUGGAUUUGAACAGAUAACCUUCCUGCCUCAGCCUCCAAAAGUGUUGACAUUAUAGAUGUGUAUCACA